AUGUCAGGUACUGGUGUUAAGUUCUCAGACUUGAUUAAGCAGUAUGAUGGAAGUGGUGAUUUUAGUGAGUGGUUAAAGAAACUAGAAUUGGUAUGUAAGCUCCAAAAGGUGAAAGACUUGCAGACAGUUCUCCCCCUAUUUUUGGCUGGAGGAGCAUUUUCUGUGUAUGACGGGCUAGCAGAAAAUGUAAAGAGUAACUAUGAGGCUCUCACCAAUGCAUUGCUGCAGGCCUUUUCUGCGAACUGUUUUCAGGCUUAUGCAGAAUUUACAGCUAGGCGUCUACUUCCCGGUGAGUCACUAGAUGUAUAUGCUUCUGAUUUGAAGAGACUGGCAAAAUUGGUGGACCCUUUUGUAUCUGAUGAGUGGAUUAAGAGCGCAGUUGUACAUGGCUUGCCAGAAGAUACUCAAACCCAGUUGAAAGCUGCGUGUUCUCUUCAAAGCAUGGAGUUGUCGGAUGUAAUGACAAGAGCUAGGAAUCUGUUGGGCAGUGAGUCAAACUUUGGGGCGGUUGCACAGGCUAAUGCCAAAGUUUUCAAAGUUGUUUUGAUAAGAGGUGUUCCGCUCAAACUGAGUUGCUUGGUUGCCAGUGUAUUGCCAAGGUAUCAGAUGCUUCUAGGGAUGGAUGCAGUGACUGCAAUGGGAGGUGUCACUAUUGAUGGAGAUGGCACUAUUACGUUCAGGGACGUUGGUAUCGGAGCGAUGGCUGAGGCCAAGAAGGAGCUGUGCGUGAAGGAAACCUCGGAGAAUGGCAACGAUGAGAUCGCUAUUAAUGAUUGUGACUUUAAUGCGAAAUUUGUUGAUGGAAAAUGGACUGUUGAAUGGAAUUGGAAAGAUGGCGGUAAAACACCUAAGAUAAAUAACCAAGUACCUUCAUACUCAAUUUCAAAAGAGGCAAGGGAGGCGUUUGACGCUGAAGUGCAUGAUUGGAUAAGAGACGGUUGGCUCCAGCCUUAUGACGGGGAGUUUGAUGGCUUAAUUCCUUUAAUGGCGGUCGUGCAACAUAACAAGGACAAAGUGCGACCUGUAAUGGAUUACAGGGAAUUAAAUCAGUAUGUCUCAAGCCAUACAGCAGAAAGUGAGGUUUGUGGGGAAAAGCUAAGGAUGUGGAGAAAGCUAGGAGAACAUGUGAGCACUAUCGACCUUCGUAAGGCAUAUCUCCAAAUCCAUAUUGCUCCUCAUUUAUGGAAAUUCCAAGUGGUCCGAUUUAAGGAUAAGAAUUAUUGUCUAACACGACUCGGGUUUGGUCUAAAUGUCGCACCGAAAAUAAUGAGCAAAAUUGUUAAUAAAGUGCUGUCAAUGGACCCAAUAGUCCGAAGUGCUACGGACUCUUAUGUUGACGACAUAGUGGUGAAUGAGAACAUUGUUGACGGUGAUGUAGUAAAGAAGUUGUUGGAAAAAUAUGGGCUGUCAGCGAAACCAGUGGAGCCACUUGAUGGAAGUAGGGUUUUGGGGCUUAACGUCUCAAAAAGAGAUGGCAAGUUGAUGUGGACCAGAGACAACAAGAUAAAAGCUUUGGAUAAAAUUGAGACCAAGAGGGAUGUGUACUCCUUGUGUGGGCAGUUAAUCGGACAUUUCCCGGUGGCUGGUUGGCUUCGACCAGCAUGCAGUUUUCUUAAGAGGCAAUUGACAGAUUUGAAAUGGGACGAUGUGGUGGGCAACCGAAUCAAGAUAAUGUUAGGAGAUAUAAUGGAAAGCGUAAAAGAAAAGGAUCCUGUGUUUGGAAAAUGGGCAGUGUCAUCUAGUGACAAAGGAACUGUGUGGUGUGAUGCUAGCAGCUUGGCGAUCGGUAUUUGCAUUGAAAUUGAUGGUGAAAUAGUUGAGGACGCGUCUUGGCUAAGGAAAGAAGAUGAUUCGGCGCAUAUUAACUUAGCUGAGUUAGAGGCUUUGUUGAAAGGAGUGAACUUAGCUUUGAAAUGGAAUUUGAAGGAGUUAUACUUGGUCACAGAUUCGGCCACCGUUUAUGCUUGGGUAACAUCCAUAUUAACAGGAGACCGACGUAUUAAAACACAUGGGAUGGGUGAAGCUCUUGUAAGAAGACGGUUGGGUUUGUUAAAAGACCUCAUAUCAGAAUGUGGCCUUAAGGUGAGGAUGGAUCUGGUUAAAUCGCAAUUUAACAAAGCAGAUCGCCUGACGAGAGUUCCUAAAAAGUGGUUGGCAAGAGAGGAGGAAAAGACCAGUAUUGCAAUGAUGGGUGAAGAAGAGGAUGAGGAUAAACAAAAGUUGGUCAAAAGAAUCCAUGGUCUGCAUCACUUUGGUGUUAAUCGAACUCUUUUCACAGUUAGGCGUUGUUACCCGGCCGUUGAGUUUAGUAAACAGGACGUUGACUGCGUAGUCAAAUCAUGCAAAGAAUGUUUAUCUGUUGAUCCAUCCCCCAUCAAAUGGAAGCCGGGGCACUUGGAUUGCGACAAGAAUUGGCACAGGCUUGCGAUUGAUGUGACUCAUUAUGGGUCAUAUAAAUUUCUUACAAUUAUAGAUUGUGGUCCAAGUCGGUUUUGCAUUUGGCGACGGAUCCCAAGUGAGACUAAAGAACAGGUAGUAAAAAUCUUACUUGAACUGUUUUCAGAACGAGGUCCACCCCAAGAACUAUUAAUGGACAAUAGUGCAACAUUCAGAUGUGAACAAAUUGAACAACUGUGUGAGGAAUGGGGGGUUAUCCGUCGUUUUAGGUGUGUGAACCGUCCGUCCGGCAAUGGAAUCGUUGAACGAAACCAUAGAACGAUAAAGAGAAUGGCAACAAGAACCAGAAGAAGUGUCCAAGAAAUGGUAUAUUGGUAUAAUCUAACACCAAAAGAAGAUUUGAAUGAAGAGUCGACACCAAGCUCUAGAUUGUUCUGCUACAGGUGGAGGUGUAAGGGCGAACCUGUAAAUUGUGACGAGCAACUAAGAACUGAGUUUUCACCUGAUGAACCUGUGUUUGUCAAGCCUAAAAAUUCCUUAUGUACUACGAGAUGGAAGCCUGGUGUGGUCUCACGGCAGCUCUCACAAACCAGUGUAGAGGUUGAUGGUAUGCCACACCAUAUUGCUGAUGUUCGUCGUGCUGGUGUUGACACCACGGGGGCGUGUGCUUUGACCGUUGUCCAAGAAUGGUGUCCGCCUCCAGGUACCCCGGCUGUGGGCUCUGCCCCCGUGGGUGGAUCAUGGAAGGAGAGCAAUCCCGGGUCUGCGUUUGUCCAGGUGUUAGUAGGCAGUAAUACUUCCGAUACUACCUACAUCGACAAGGUCAGUGACUUGCCGGGCGGAGUGCCUUUGGGCAAACAUCGUAUGACUUGA